GGAGGGCUCUGGGUGCCGGCCGGGUCUCGCUUGUGGUUUCGUUUCUCACUUAGGUGGGAAGGUGGAGAAGCCUUCUACCGAAGACCUAGGAAGGAAAGACUUAACAAAAAAUUGUAUUUGCAGUAUAAUAACUUACAAAGUACUUGUAUAGGUACCAUCAGAUCUUCACAAAAACCCAGUGAGGUGGCAUUUACCAACAUUUUACAGUCAUGAACGACUGGAUCCCCAUCGCCAAGGAGUACGACCCGCUGAAGGCCGGCAGCAUCGACGGCACCGAUGAGGACCCCCACGACCGCGCCGUGUGGAGGGCGAUGCUGGCACGCUACGUCCCCAACAAGGGCGUCACCGGGGACCCCCUCCUCACCCUGUUCGUGGCCAGGCUAAACCUACAGACCAAAGAAGACAAACUGAGGGAAGUCUUUUCCCGCUACGGGGACAUCCGGCGGCUGCGGCUGGUGAGGGACCUGGUGACCGGCUUCUCCAAGGGCUACGCCUUCAUCGAGUACAAGGAGGAGCGCGCGCUGCUCAAGGCCUACCGCGACGCCGACGGCCUGGUCGUGGACCAGCACGAGGUCUUCGUGGACUACGAGCUGGAGCGCACGCUGCGCGGCUGGAUCCCCCGGCGGCUGGGCGGCGGGCUGGGCGGCAAGAAGGAGUCGGGGCAGCUGAGGUUUGGGGGCCGGGACCGGCCCUUCCGGAAGCCUAUUAACCUGCCGGUGGUGAAAAACGACCUCUACAGGGAGGGCAGGAGGGAAAGGAGGGAGCGGUCACGUUCCCGCGAGAGACACUGGGACUUCAGGACACGCGAUCGGGACCACGACAGGGGGCGGGAGAAGAGGUGGCAAGAAAGGGAGCUGGCCAGGGCGUGGCCUGACAGCGACUGGGACCGAGAGAGGGACCUCCGAGAAGACAGGCUCAAGGGGUGGGAGAAGAGGGACCGGAGCAAGUAGAGGCUAAGGGCGCCCCAGGAGGGGGUGCAACGGAGGAAAACUGUCCUGUGCACAGCAUGCGUCUGGUGCGUCAAUAAAACUUGCUGAUGAUGGGA